UCAAACGCCCGGUCGUCCUUCAAAGCUGCCGUGCCGUGUCGUCCUUCACCCCCAAGGAACGAACCACCCCUCCAAAUCCCCCACACCAAACAACCAUCCAAACAACACGGCCACGAUCGACCGAUGGCCCAGCCACCGGCUCCGGCGACUCCGGCGGCGGCGUACGGGUGCGCGGCGUGCGGCGCGGACCUGAACCUGUCGGCCUCCAACCUGUACCCGGCGGGGACCUACUUCGAGGCGGGGAACAAGGGCACGCUGUCCUUCAGCUGGGUGGACGAGUCGCGGCUGCGGUUCGCGGCGGAGGACCGGAUCCGGCCCUUCUUCGAGACGCUCGACUACUGGGGCAUCCAGCGGAAGCGCACCCGCGUCAGCUGCGACGCCUGCGGCAGGCUCCUCGGCCACGUCUACGACGACGGGCCGCCGCUCAUGGACGGCACCGGCCAGCUCGGGAUGGGCCCUAGCCAGGUCGUCCCCCGCCGGCCCAGGUACCGGUUCAAGGUCAAGGCCGUCACCGCCGCCGGUUCCUCCUCCGCCGCCGCCGCGCGCUGACCGCCGAGUUGUGAAGCUUUGAUUCAUCCCGCGGCGAUGCUUGCUUGCGGUUACAGAUGUGUUUCCUUCCUGCUGUAGAUCAGCACUACUACUAGAUGUAAAAAUCGUUGGUUGCGAAAUGAACUUGUACGAGUGAAAUUUGCUGUAAAUUGUGUGAAGAUCGAAGACGGUGUGAUCCAUCAACCUUCGUUUUAA